UGACGUGACAGGGGCUCUAAGACAAUAUUAGGAUCAACAAUGAUUGCAUGUCCGCGCGCACAGAUGUGAUCCGAGCUCUGCAAAUAUUUCCAAACUAUUUCUUUAAGUCAGGAGGAGGCAUGCGAGGGAUCAUUUCACAGUUUGUGGAAAGUUUUCCUCUCCUGCAGGAUGAGACUGGAGACUCUAUUAGCUUUUAUUCUGACGUGCUCAUCUUUCUCCCUGUCAGCCGAUCAAUCUAAAGCGAAGAGCCCGGGUCCGCACAGCCGCUGCUUUGACCGAGCCUGCAACCCCCGCAUCGGUAACCUGGCCGCGGGCAGAGUGCUCCACACGCGGUCCGUCUGCGGCUCCAACUCCUCGGAGCGCUUUUGCUUCUUCAGACAGACGGCCGGGCCCCGCGGCAGGCGCUCCUGCUCCGCGCCCGAAUGCGCCAGCUGCGACGCCGCCAAGCCCGCACUGGCGCACCCCGCCUCGGCUAUGAGCGACUCCUCGUUCCGCCACCCGGACACCUGGUGGCAGUCUGCCCAGGGGCCGGAGGAGGAGGAGGAGGCGCUCCGGCUGGACCUGGAGACCAAGUUUCUCUUCACUCAUCUAAUCCUGGUGUUCCGUUCCCCGCGCCCCGCCGCCAUGCUGCUGGAGCGUUCCCAGGACUUUGGGCGCACAUGGAGGACCCUCGGGUAUUUCGCCCAGGACUGCGAGAAGAUGUUCGGCCUGGCUGAGGGUCUGCCUCUCGAGGAAGACGGGGCGACAUGCACCUCUAAGUACUCAGGAGCUUCCCCCUGCACCAGAGGAGAGGUAAUCUACCGAGCCCUGUCCCCUUGGCGCUCGGUGGACCCCUACGGACUAGCUGCCCAGAACCAGCUCGCCAUCACCAACCUCAGAGUUCGUCUCCUGCAGAGACAGCGGUGCCCGUGCCAGACCAAGCAUCCGGGAGCGGCCUCUCUCCCGACGGACCACUACGCUAUCUAUGAUUUUGUCGUCAAAGGCAGCUGCCUUUGUAACGGACACGCUGACCACUGCGUGCCAGCCAGAGGCUAUCGACCCGGCCCGGAAAAGACCAGCAGUGUGGUCCAUGGAAAAUGCGUUUGCAGACACAACACGGCCGGCGACCACUGCGAGCGCUGUGCCCCUCUCUACAAUGACCUGCCCUGGCAGGCGGCCAACGGCAUCAUGGGUACACCACACGCAUGCCAGAAAUGCAAGUGCAACGACCACGCCAGGAGCUGCCACUUCAGUCGAGGACUCUGGCUGGCCACGGGACGGCGGAGAGGGGGCGUGUGCGACCACUGUCUCCACAACACAGAGGGCCGUCACUGUCAAAACUGCAAGAGGGGCUUCUACAGAGACCCGAGCCGUCCCAAAACCGCCCCGGACUCCUGCAAACCCUGCUCCUGCCACCCUGUUGGCUCGGACCCCUCAGCUGGUGGCACCAUCUGUGGCCCUAGCACUGGGCAGUGCGCUUGUAAGCCUGGUGUGGAAGGCCCCCACUGUGACAAGUGCAUAACGGGAUACUGGGGGCUCCACGAAUAUGGCUGCCGUCCGUGUGACUGCACGGGAGACUGCGACCCCUACACCGGUGACUGCGUGUCUGGCGUAGAUGCCGAGGUCCUCUAUGCGGCUGCUGGAAAACCAGGAAACAGCAGCAGCGAUAGUGAGACAGCACUCUCAAGAGCAAAGGAGCUUUUCUCUGCACUGCACCACUCUGAGAAAUGCCAAUGCGUUGAAGGAACCCUGGGCAGCCCUAAGUGGUUCUGCGUAGCGAAGUUUGACUACGUUCUGGUGGUGAAGGUGAUGUCCGCUCAUGAUAAAGGCUCUCACGCCGAGGUGGAGGCAAAGGUUAAAAAGGUUCUACAGCAGAACCCCCAGAUGAAGAUCCAGCACGGAAACGUCACACUUUUCCCCGAGUCUUGGACCGUCCAAGGCUGUACGUGUCCCAUCCUCAACCCAGGAGAUGAAUACGUCGUGGCUGGCCAUAAGAACCGGAAAACUGGCCGGCUCAUGGUGAACACCAGGAGUUUUGUUAAACCGUGGAAGUCGAGCCUGGGACGCAAACUCCUUCACGUUAUCAGAAAAGACUGUGGGCGCAGACGUUGGCUCAGCAUGUGUCCUCUUCUGGCUGUGCUUCAAAACCAGAGUAAACAGGACAUUUUUGGACAUUUUCGCCCCAUUAGGAAGAGGUCUGAUGCUCUGUCUCCAAGGAGAGCAACAAACAUCCUACAGAGAUGCAAAGAAUUCCUCAGAAAUGAACUCAUCAGCCAAACACACACACACACAUGCAAAAAUAGGGUAAACGUUCUUUUAUAGUAAGAAAUUAUUAUUCAAGAGUGUUUUUAUUCCAAGUAAGUCUCUUUGUUUUUUGUUCCAUAAUUUGUGUUUUCUAUCCUUAGUAUGUUUUGUCAUCUUUUUACUUGUUUGUUUAUGAUUGUGAAGGAUGGCUAUCCAGAAUAUGUUUACUUCACAUGACUAAGCCGUGUGUUUACCGCCCUCUUUUGGUUAGGAGAUAACAAAACACUCCCAGAAGGUCGACACUUCUUCAUAUGGCAUUUUAGCAAACUUUCAGAAAACCAAGUUAAAAAAUGCAACAGGAGGGAAGAAAAAUCACUAAACACUGAGCUGUAUCAUAAGAAAUCCUUUUAUUUAUUUUUUUCAGGUUGCAGCUUCUGUUGUGUCAAACAUGUAAAACAAAUUUAUUAGAAUAGAAAUGGAUAUUAAAUAAAUGCAUUGGCCUACAUUGCUAUAAAUGUGCUAAUAUACGCAUCGUUUUACAACAUCCGUUUUAAUUUAUUUGUAUUUUUGACAGUUAAUUAUUAAAUUGUGGACUGAAUAAACAAUUAAAACUUGUAAAUAAUUGAUGAAAUGUUUCAUUUGUUAAAGAUAUUUGUUACAAUUUUAGUGACUACCACACAUGUAAAAGUUUAAUUGACAAAUUAUUUAUACGCCGGAU